AUGAGUGCAAAGCAACUCACUGUUGAUGACUAUCAGAGUCUAUGUGAUACGGGAUGGCGUAGGUCAGGCACAUACCUCUAUCGACCUGAUAACUCUAAUGACUCAACAUGUUGUCCUCAGUACACUAUCAGGCUGGACGUAUGCCGAUUCAAACCAGCAAAGGAUCAGAAACAAACCUCAAAGCGACUCAACAACUACCUUGUACAUGAUAACAUACAUGGAGACACGAGCAAGCAGCAGCAAAAGCAACAUGUGGCACCUCCACCAUCAUCAACUGAGCAGUCAAUGAAUGAUGAUGAAGCAAUGUUGAAGAGACUGGCCAUCGAUGACAUGUUUACAAGGUGCUUGACGGCAUUGUCAAACAAUACAUUACAACAGGAGGAGAUUGGAGAGAUUGUAAAGUGUCUGCCGCCAGUCAGAGAGAAUGCACAUAGGCUCCAGAAGGACAGAGGCACAUACUCUUGCAGUAUGAGUCCACUUAACAAACAUAAGAAGAUGUUACAAAACCGCUGCAACAUCACUGUUCAACAACUGAUCGAUGCAGUCAUCAAUGAGAUCAACAAUGACAUCAACAAGUUGUUGCCAGAGAGCACUCACCUCUCACAUGUACAUUACAAAGACAAUCAUAUCAACUUCAUCCCUGUUGAAGACUCGGUCAAUCAUAAUAAUCCUCAAACAAGGCCAGUCGCACCAAGCAGUGAACCAAGACACAAGAAACUGGAUGUACCAGCGAUGCCAUUGCCAGUGUCGCCCAAGCAUAAGCUAGAGACAACAUUGCGACGAGCAGAGUAUAGUGAGGAGGUGUUCCAGCUGUACUGCAGGUACCAGACAGAGGUGCAUCAUGAGACCGAGGCAAAGAAGCCAGAGGGAUUCAAAAGAUUCUUGGUCGACACGCCAUUGAUCUACGUGCCCUACUCAGAGAAGGGCUACUACAGCCCCGCGCUAAACAAGGUCGUGCAAAUACCCGAGACGGGCUUUGGCUCAUUCCACCAACUAUAUCGACUGGAUGGCAAGCUGAUAGCGGUGGGCAUCGUGGACAUUCUCCCAUCGUGCGUGUCCAGCGUCUACUUCCUCUACGACCCCGACUACCUAUUCCUCUCGAUUGGCAAGUACUCUGCACUGGCAGAGAUUGAGUGGACCAAGCAAUUGGCAUUGCAAGCGCCUCAACUACAUUAUUACUACAUGGGAUUCUUCAUUCGCGAUUGCCAAAAGAUGAAGUACAAAGCAAUGUUCCGGCCAUCAGAGUUGCUGUGUCACGAGACCCAGCAAUGGGUCGACCUGGAUGUUGCCCUGGCCAAGAUUGACAGUAGCGCCAACAAGAGAUAUUCACCAUUUGUUGUUGAAGCUGGCAGCGGCGAGUAUGUUGUACCAUCAAAGAGAUAUCCAAACGUGAUCAAUCAAAUCAAGAUGAUGCAGAGUGGUCGUCCAUUCACCUUGUUGGACAUCCAACCAAAGUUCCGAGAGGAGAUCAAAAGUAUCCUUGUAGACUACAUGGACAACGUUGGCGAACGUCUUGCCAAGAUCAUCCAAGUGACCUUCAGUAGAUGA